AUGUGCAAAACGCUGCUCGUGAAGUACUGCUGCCCGCACUACGGCUUCUUCGACUGCGACGCCGAGGUGACCAAGUUCCGCAAGCUCGACAGGAACGGCAACUUCGACGGGACGCGGACGGCGCCAGCGCCCGUAGUGGAGUACUGCGACGAGGAGCUGCGGCGGCGCGAGCUGCUGGCCGACGAGAUGGCGAGCAAGCCGGCGUGCGCGAUCCGCAGCAACGACGACGUGGGGAUCCCGUGCUACUACCCCAGCAUGUGCAACGAGCACGCCGGCGAAUACAUCGAGGACCUGCUAAAGAUGCCGCUCUACUUCUCGUACACCGACUCGUCGAACUACCCGGGCGACGAUGGCGCGGCGCAUAUGGAGCGCGUCAAGGAGGACGUCGCCCGCGUGGUCAACCACGCCAAGUGGUCCAUCUUUGCGCGCCACCAGCGCCAGGUCGUGCUGCAGCAGGAGAAGGAGUGGCUGCGACAGUUCUGGGCGGGGCCCGACAACCUGCAGCGCGACGUGUACGCGACGCGGAUCGGUAGUGAGCCCGUGGUGCACGCCGUCGACUACGGCAAGCUGAAGACGACCGAGAUCCCGCUGUUCUGCAAGAUCCCCAACACGAUCGGCGCCGUGCGCCUCGAGAUGUACCGGACGGUGGCGCGGACGGACUGCUCCGCGACCCACUUGCGCAAGCAGUACAGCACGCUCCUCCGCAGCAUCCUCGACGAGAAGAACAAAGCCGGCUGGCAGACGACGCAGGCCAAGGAGGCUUGGCCUGAGCUCCCUCGCCACCACCAGGCUGAGGGCCGCAGAGGCAGGGACGCGGCGGAAGCAUGUACGCGCUGGACGGAUACCCCCCUUGGAGCAGGGGAUAUGGGUACUAGCAGAUGA